AUGGUCUGGUACAAAAAAACCCUCUGGUUCACUCCCUCAGAAAUGGCUCUUUUUUACCGAGGUACCUGGAUACUUCUCCUCCUGACGCUGUCUUUGAUGCUGGCUGAAGGUGGAAAGAUCCUGGUGGUACCUCAGGAUGGAAGUCACUGGCUCAGCAUGCGCCCGGUAGUGGAGAAACUGCAGCAAAAGGGACACGAGGUGGUUGUGCUUGUACCCUCAACCAGCCUGUACAUGAAGUCAGAGGAGCCUCGGAAUUACACAGUCCAAGCCUAUCGAGUACCUUACACAGGGGAAUACUUGGGUGAAAUGCUCAAGGCCUUCGUUAAUGCCCAUUUUAUUGAGCAGUCUGUUGUGAAUGUUGUUCUGACCUCGUACCAAAGCACGAUAGAAAUCUCCUCGGUCUUCUUCACCAACUGUAAGAGUCUUCUGCAGAACGAGGAGCUGAUGCGGUACUUGAAGGAGAGCAAAUUCCACGUGCUUCUCACAGAUCCCAUCCUGAUGUGUGGGCCCCUGGUGGCUGAGUAUCUUUCCCUUCCUUCCGUCUACUUCCUGCGGGGCUUUCCCUGUGGAAUGGAUUCUGCUGCUACCCAGUGUCCAAGCCCUCCUUCCUAUGUCCCCCGGUUAUUCUUGGAUAAUUCAGACAGCAUGACGUUUUCCCAACGGCUGAAGAACAUGCUGGUCGACCUGCUGGAGCUCUUCUACUGUAAGCCUAUCUAUGAUAACUUUGAAGAGCUAGCAUAUGAGGUUUUCAAAAGGAAAGUGACAGUGACAGAACUCCUGAGCCGUGCAUCCUUCUGGCUGAUGAGAUACGAUUUUGUGUUUGAGUUCCCGAGACCCGUGAUGCCAAACAUGGCUUUUAUCGGAGGGAUUAACUGUGUUCAGAAGAAAAAACUGUCUCAGCCACAGUGA